GACCCCAGAUUCCUUUGGGUAUUACGGAGAAAGACUUGAACGCAGAAAACUAGUUUAUCCAGAAAACGCAGAAAGACUUGAGCAAUGAUGACUCCGUCACAGUACAAGCUCACAACUUCUCCAACAAUCCCUUCCUAUUUACCAUUUUGCCACCCAUCUCGAUUUCUUAUUCUGCCUUGCCACAAGAAGCCGAAUCUCGUUUCGAGUUUCCGAGAAAAACCCAGAUUCGGGUGCUUUGCAUCAUCUUCUCCAAUGGCUACUCCGACACAGAGCAGCGAAACCAAACCUUUCUCUGUCCUUUUCGUCUGUCUGGGUAACAUUUGUCGGAGCCCAGCAGCUGAAGGCGUCUUCAGAGAUAUCGUCAAAAAGAGAGGCCUCGACUCCAAAUUCAUCAUUGAUUCCGCCGGAACCAUCGAUUAUCACGAGGGGAAUAUGGCAGAUCCAAGGAUGAGAAGUGCUGCGAAACGGCGUGGAGUUGAGAUAACAUCAUUAUCUAGACCAAUAAAGGCAUCUGAUUUCAAGGAGUUUGAUCUCAUUCUCGCCAUGGAUGAGCAGAACAAAGAGGACAUAUUGAAGGCUUACAAUGUGUGGAAAGCCAGAGGCAAUUUCCCACCUGAUGCUGCUGAUAAAAAGGUGAAGCUCAUGUGUUCGUAUUGCAAGAAACACAAUGACAAGGUAGUGCCGGACCCGUAUUAUGGUGGAGCUCAGGGUUUUGAGAAGGUAUUGGACUUGCUUGAAGAUGCAUGUGAGUCGUUGCUGGACAGUAUCACGGCGGAAAUUUGACAUUGCAAUGAGUCCACACACAAACUCUAUGUGUCUGAUUGAAACUGAUGUUAUUGCAUUUAUAAGACAUCUUCAGUGAUGUCAAACAGCAUUAGAAAUGGUGUGAAGCUCGAAUCUUGUUGAUGUUUUCUUUAAGAAUACCUUGUUAAGCUUACAGGUGAUAAUCACACUCAUUUUUCUAGCAUCUCAUA